AUGGUAGAUCUACCUGAACUUGGUCAGAAAAUUGCUGGCAGUCUCUUGAAUGACGUGUACGAAUGCACGAUUUGCUCCGAAACGGUUAAACGGAACGACUCUAUAUGGUCAUGCCCCUGUUGCUACAGCGUUUUCCACCUAAUAUGCAUCGAGAAGUGGGUCACCUUGCAGUUAAAAGAGCGUGGAAAAAAACUUCCGAGUUCCUUUGACUCCCAUAACCACAGUACAAGCGAAAAGUUUAACUGCCCGCUGUGUCGGGCCCUCGUCGACGUGCUUAGCUGCACCGCCUACCAUUGCUAUUGUGGCAAGGUAAAAGAUCCAAAAAUCGAUCUGAUGUUGGUGCCGGGAAGCUGCGGGCAACCCUGCGAGCGGCGCCGCGCUGACGCGAAGUGCCCGCACCGCUGCUCGCUGCUCUGCCAUCCGGGCCCGUGCCCACCCUGUGGGUGCACCCGUGAACAGGCUUGUUACUGUGGUAAGGAAAUCAAGAUGGUGGGUUGCUCCAGCAUGAUCGAUGGCUUCGAGUGCAACCAGCCCUGUGGAAAGUUGCUCGACUGCGGCCGCCACCACUGCGAGGUGCUAUGCCACACGGGUCCAUGCCCGAUCUGCAAGGUACUGGUGACCGAGACGUGCUACUGUGGUGCCACCAGCCGCACACGGCUCUGCAAGGAAGAUAACGAGUUCAGCUGCAACAAACCGUGCGCCAAGCUUCGGGAUUGUGGAAACCAUAUAUGUGGUCUUCCCUGUCAUGCCGGUAGCUGUGAUAUCUGUCUCCGGUUGCCGUCGCGUCGACAUUUAUGCCCAUGUGGGAAAAAUCAAAUCACGGUGGUGCGUACCUCCUGUACGGACCCUAUCCCCUCCUGUGGGGAGCCUUGCGAACUACCUCUUCAGUGCGGCCACUCGUGCUGGUAUAUCUGCCACGACGACUCACCAUGUGCGCCGUGCAAAGAGAUAAUCAAGGAACGCUGUGCCUGCCUUAAUAAGGAGUACUCUUUUCCCUGCUUUUGCAUUAGCUUGCCGCAGGAUCAGUGGAUCGAGGCCGCCGCGAGGGCUGGAAUCCCAAAGAAUCAACUCCCGCCUUGCUACCCACUGCGUUGCAACAAAGUGUGCCGAAAGUUGCUCUCUUGUAAAAAGCAUAAGUGCGAUGAACUCUGUUGCACUGACGUGGAGCACAUUUGUUAUGCAAUUUGCCUUAAGAAGCUCUCCUGUGGCCAGCAUCAGUGUGGUAAAAUCUGUCAUCCCGGGCCCUGCUCGCCUUGCCAGAAUGUAUCCUACACGCGGCUUUAUUGUCAUUGCCGCCGCACGUUCAUCGAUCCACCGGUCCCAUGUGGGGCGAAACCCCCAAAGUGCAAGUACCCCUGCAUUAAGCCUCGGCCUUGUGGCCACCCGGCGAAUCAUCUCUGUCAUACAGAUUCAAGCUGUCCAGUGUGUGUGGUGCCGGUAGAGAAGCUCUGCUCCUCGCACGGAAAACCGAUGCCAUACCACAUGGCAUGUUACUUGACAAGUGUCUCGUGUGGCAAGCGCUGUGAAAAGGUGAUACCGUGCUGUGGCAAGAUUUGCAGCCAGACCUGCCAUAGCGGGGCCUGCGAACACGAUUGCUCCGAAAAGUAUCCUACCCUCUUAUCUGUCGCAAGGAAAGCAUUCCAAUGA